UAAUUUUAUUUAGUCAAAUAAUUAAUAUGAAUAUUGAUAAUAUCAAUCUGGGCUACUUUCAAGGAGAUCACUCCUCAACAUGUACUUAUUGUCACAAAGGGAAAUCGUAUUCCCAAGGAUUUUCGACAAGUAAUUAUAGUAAUCGUAUAACCCACAAGAUAAGUUGUAUCCCUCCACAUAUCAAUCCAUGAUGGAUAGAGGAUGGAGAAGGUGUGGCACUUAUUAUUACAAAUACAAUUUCGCAUAGAAUUGCUGUCUCUCUUACACGAUCAGAGCCAACGCUCUCUUGUCCUAGCAGAAAAAAGGGUAAAGGAAGAUAGCCAAAACAUUUUUAAAGGUUGUUCAAUCCGAUUUACUUAAAAAUAAACUGGAAUCAUUGAAACCAGCCAUCCAACAAAUAAGCAACAAUCUAAAGAAGCAACAAGAAUAAAAACAAUCAAACAAAUAGCCAUAAUAAUUAAAACAGAAGGUUGAGCCUAAAUAAAAAGUAGUAGAACAAAAAUAGAAACCCCAAAAGGUAUCAGAAGAGAUAGUCUAAUCAUUGAAAUUACACUUUAAAUAAUUCCAAGAAUUGAUAGCACAAAAAGUACCUGAAGUGAUUCAAUUGUUUAAAGAGUAUUUUGAAACCAAGGGAUUUAAAAUUGAAGAUGUUCAAUCCAUAUUCCAAGUUAAUCUCAAUAUUGAUACAGUUCAAAUAUUCCCAUCUAAAGUGGAUAGCAAAGGAGACUAUUACAGCAAUUUUAUGAUGCUCUUAUAUGGUCUGAAUAAGAAAUUGCUAUUCUAAGAUUUCCCUGUCACUAAAUUUGCCUUACAAUUUAUCCCCUUUGUUUAGAAGUAUUUCAUUAGCAAUCAAUUCUAAUUUGUUUAAGAACCAACUGGGUUUUUGUCAGUAUUCACAAAAGAAAACUAAUAAAAGGCUGAUGUCCAUUUAUAGAAAAUUGAAAAAUAAGUGGUUUAGGAAAAGUAGAAGAUCAUCAUUGAGUAAAACAUUGUGAACCAAUAAAAAUGUAUGUAUACCUAUAAACCAUCAAAUAGAAAACAUAAAAUUAAUAGAUGCUGAGACAUUUAAAUCAAAUUCGUUUUAGAUAGGAAACAUGAAGGUCUUGUUGAAGCCAGCAGAAUGCACAGAUGAGAACUUUUAAUUGUAUUAGAGAUAUUGUAAGGAAAUUCAUGGGAGUGCCAAGGAAAGUAAGGAUGGGUAUUCGUCAUUUUUAUGUGAAUAAGGGUUGGAUUAGAAGAAAUUCAUAUAAUCGUAAAUUGAUAAAAGUAAGAUCCUGUUUAUGGGCUGCUUUCAUAUGAGGUAUUACGUAGGGGACAUAUUGGUGGCAGUUGGAGUCGUAGAUAUCACUGAGACAGCUUUGAGUUCGGUGUAUUUCUUCUAUGAUCCAAUAUUUGAGGAAUUCAAUUUCGGAACCUUGGGAGCUCUCGUUGAGAUUGAGUAUGUGAAAUUGAUGAAUCAGCACUUCCCAGAUUUCAAGUAUUACUAUUUGGGAUUUUACUUAUAAAAUACCAAUAAGAUGUCAUACAAAGGGGAUUUUGAGCCAUGUGAAUUGUUGUGUCCAGAAACAUACACUUGGGUAGAAUUGACAAAGGAGUUGAGAGCAGAAAUUGAUAGGAGAUAAGCCUAAGCGAUCAAUUAAAGACGGUUGGGAAUCAGUAAAUAAAAUGUGGGAGUUAUUGAUGAUAUGAAAUUGAAUGACAAAUCAUUUUAUGGAUAGGUUCAGGUAUCGAUGAGGGGGAAGGUGAUGAAAUUGUCAGCGUUGAAUUUCAAUAUGACUAAACUGAAUAAUUAUUUGGAUAAUGCUUUCAGUAGAUUUGGAAGGUAAUUGAUGGAGAAAUUGAUAUUUGAGUUAUGAUAUUGCAAU